CCUUGCCCUUGGCUUGGGAGCUGAACAAGCAGAUGCGUUGACCUGUUUCAGUGUGCGUGCUGAUAUCCUGCUACAUACUCACGUGUGUCGUUGCUGUCACAUGUAAUCUACCUAUGUAGAGAUUGGGAACCGGAAACGAACGUGCAAGUGAUAGCGAUGUAGAUCUACAUGAUUGUAUCGCAACAUCCCUGUCGGAAAAAAAUGUUCAAAGUAAGCUUGAGUACUAGUAGCCGUUUCGAGUUGAAAGCGCGGCAGACCACUCUGUUUGACGAACAGAUCACGGACGUCUUGUUCCGUGUAGAUACACCGGUGCCCUUUUGUGACCAUGGCUGCUGAAUACUCUCACCGCGCUUCGCCGCGGCCGACGAAUGGCCAACGUUCGCUUCCAUCGGGUUCGACAUUGGGAGCCCAGGAGAACUCGAGGGGACGGAGCUGCGCGACCAACUACAGCACAAAAGACCAGGACGUUGACUUGUGCUUUGCUCGCUUCAAGAUGAUCUCUGGCAAGGUUGUGAAUGUUCAAAUUGCGUCACGUGAUCCAGUCGAGAGCGUCACGCAGCGCCUGUGCAAACUCUGCGAUUUGUCUAAUCCACAUGCGUAUGAUCUAGCAUAUCACCGAAUACCACAGACUCUACGAGCAUCCACGUUACCGAAUAAGUCGAGCCCUCAAAGCAAGAGGAAGUCGUUGAAACACCGGCUUCAGAAACCAGACCACCACACUCCAGGUAACUACACGCAGCUGGCGGACCGACCAGAAGCCGCCGGUCAGGCACCUCAGCAGUGGUGCCAUCGUCGAAAGGAAAUGCAGGAACUGGACAAGAAGUGGGCGCAGCACUCGGCAAGUCUCAGCAUGACGGCUGCCACUCUAAUGGAGCCACGCAGCGCGUUCAAUGAACAUGGAUUCGACACAGCAGAGCACAUGCUGCAACUGAUAAACAAACAGGAACUACCAGAAUACCCGCAAUCUGCAGCCAUCACCGAGAGGGAUCUUCGUGUUGCGGACUUUGAGCGUUGCAGCAAGCAGUUUUUAUCCGGGGCUUGGCCGUGCGACGUGAAGAAGGCGACAGAGAUCGCCUCUCUUCAUGCUCACAUUACAUACGGAGGUGGUAUGACAGUAAGUGGGUCAAGCUCGCUGCCAAAGAACUUGGCUGAAAGGCUGAAGGAGCUGCUGCCCCCUGAUUUCCGUAAAGACAAGACUGCAAUGAAGUUAGCUAAACAGAACUUCACGCAGUUCAGCGGUAUCACAGUGCCCGAUGCGCAACAACUCUACACAGACCUGUGCAAGGGACUGCCCACGUACGAAGCCACGUUCUUUGCCGUGAAGGCACCGUGUAAGAAGAACAAGAGAGCCGUUGUUCCUUGCAUACUGGCCAUCUCGCCGACCUGUAUUGUCAGACUUGACUCCAGCACUAUGGAGGUUGUGUCGAAGUGGUCUUUGUCGGACGUGGAAAACAGCUUAGCAUCGCCCACGCUGUUUGGACUGAAGUUCAAACACUAUGAGGAGUUGACUGUCAUGACGUUUCAAGCAGAGCAGAUCCAGUCAGUGUUGAACGUCUGUGCCGAAGAGUGGAAACACAGGAGCCAAGCAGCCGCGGGCUAUAUUGACGUCACGGCAACAGUCGCGGAUGCGCGGUGCGUGCCGUACUCGACUCGUUUCGUCAGGACUGACUCACCGCAGUCCGCCAGUGUUGAUCGUGCUCUAGCCGGCGACUCCGGUGUGUACGCCGAGGUCAAGCCAGUGCAUGCUGCUGCGUCAGACAUCGCAGCGCACAUGGCAAGCGUAGGUAGCGAGUCGUCGUCCUCGUCUUCGGCGGCGCUCUCCAGGGCCCGAGGUACGGCCGCCGACGAUGAUGUACGGCGUCCCUCCUCGAAGGACUCGAACGCAUCACUGGUUUCCGGUGCGAUGAGCCCCGGGCUAGUACCAUCUGAGCGGAUUGUGUAUGAGAUUUCGGUUGAAAUUGACGCCUACGAUCCGUACACGAGUGUUUACCAUAGUGCCAACCAACACCAGAGGCUGAUAAACGAGUAUGACUAUAUUGCUGUCAAUACCGCUGACACCAAUACAACUUGUGCGGACACCAUGCAGCCUGCUACUAGCAACGAAGUGAUGACAUCAUCGACGUGUGAUGAUGUAGAGGCCGAGACACCAAGUGCAUUUCCUGAAGAUGCGGAUGGCUACUUGGCCUCGACGGACUGGAUUUCUCGCCCCCUUCUUGGAAACUCUGCAGAAGAUGCACUGGCACCAGUGGCGCGGCAGCGAAUGAGACCAAUGACGUCCUCUGUGAGCCGACGGAUGGCAACGGUGUUUGCGAACAGAGCAUCUUCAACUUGCCGGACAUCGGCAGAAGUUGAUCUCCAGGACCUCUGCCUGUCCAUUUGCAACCCGACCGCAGAGUGUGCUGAUGAUCCUGAUCCAACGCCUGCGCCCGGCUCUACUUCUACGCAUGGCCAUCAACAGCAGAGUGCUACGGCUGUGUCAUGCAUGGACAAACCAACAUCGUCCUCAUCUGUUUCCUUUGCAGAAACUGCAGCCACGUCCAAGGCUGCCAGCUCGACAUCAUCCACUGCUGCUUUUCCAGCUUCAGGGCCGGAGUCGAGCUUUCCAUCGCACAUCUAUUUUGAACUGUCACCCUUUCUACCCUCCCAGCUUGGCGCAAUCGACAAUCCUGAGUGCCUGGUCGAACUGACAGCGAACCAACACGCAGCCUCAGAGGUAUAUUGCGAAAGUGCCCACCGUGCACUGCUGUCUUCCCACGAACACCAGUCACCGGCAGCAUCAUCAUCAGCAGCAGCAGCUACUGAACAACUCAAACUGCCCAAGCCUGUGGCAAGAUCCAGGUCAAAGCCACCAAGUGCUGCCAUUGCCACGGCGUGUCCCCAACGUUUAGCGGCGUGUGUUCAAGCGCCGCCACCGCCAGCAAGUGAUCCAGGUAGUCCAAGCUCUAAUUUGAAAGCAAGUCAACGCACCCUUCAACAUGGUCCCCGUCCAACUCCACAACCCAGAUCCAGAAGCGCGCAUGGCAUCACUGGCGGUAAUACAAGUACUAUCCACAGCCCGCUCUUGCAAUAUUAAACAGUCAAUCUAUUCUUUAGACGUACACGGACAUCGACAGGAAAGCCAUCAAGUGAAACUGUCCAGAGGAUAGAUAAUAUUAUUAUAGCAACCCUCCGCAUGCACUUGAUUUGUACACCUGAGUUUUUUUUCUAUUUUUGAAGCCGCUACUUUCAACCGGGACGUACUCUUAUUCUGUUGAAACUAAACUAACUCCUUUCUCUGCAUGGCUUUCUGCAAAGUGAGCAGAACGCGAACGCAAAUCCCUCUCCUGAAUUCAAUUGGCUGUGUUGACAUGCUACGAAGUGCAAAAAUAUAUACUUCAAGUAAAUAAAUAAAUGAUCCGCGCCUUUAGUAAGGGAAUCCGUGAACGGAAGUUCUACUAAUGCUUCUCCUGAAUCGAAGGUACCAAACCAACGUUCUUCUAACUAAAGUUCAUUAGCACACGAAGAGACGAAGAGACCGAGCCAGUUGUAAACCUGACUGAGUGCUUACUUAUUGAAGAUUAAUUUAGUUGAUUAGAGUCGUAUAAUACUUCUUCCUCCCUCUCUCUUUAUUUCUGUUCUUGCCGUGGUUGGCUAUCAUCCCUCUUUCGCACGUUGUGUGUGCCAAUUGGUCAUGGACCACGAGUUGAGUGAAAUACAAUAAAAUAAAUAAAGAGUGUGAUAUCCCUUA